AUGAUGUGGUUGCGAUAUGUGUACAGCGGUCGGGUGGAGUGGGACACGGAGGAUACAGAAAAGGUUCUCAAGUUGGCAGAACAGUACGGUCCAGAUGACCUGCCGCCUUUAUGCGCACGCAUGAGAGCCACCUCGAAGAGAGAGGAAUUGAAUGACACUAAAGGAGCCACUCCGGAAAGUAGUUUAGAUAGUAUAUGUACAAAAAGCGACGCAAGCAACAUGUUUGAUGCGACAACUUCUGACGAGCCAAAGCCGCCUUCCCAAACGAAUUCAAUCCAGCCGUCUGCUCCAAAGCCUGAAGUGAUUGUUCCAGAAGAGCUAAGGAUUCAGCUCAAAGAAGCGUCGACCACAACCGAGGCGCCAGAUUUAACUCUUGACUACGAGGAUCCACUUCAAGGCAUAUCACUCGAUUCGACAACAGAGGAGCAGUCGUUGGAAGAUGACUGUGUUAUUUUAGAUGGAACUCCUACGAGAUCGGAGAACCGCGGUCAGUACUAUUGUUCGACCUACCAACGAGCUGCGGAAGCGGCUGAAAAGAAUCCCCAUUCGGCCAAGGGUCAUUGA